AUGCCAAUCCCACAACCACACGGAGGUAAGCUCAAUGACUUGAUCAGCAGAGAUGCUCACUUGAAAUCAGACUUGUUGAAAGAAUCUGCAUCAUUGCCACAGUUGACAUUGACACCAAGACAAUUGUGUGAUUUGGAGUUGAUCUUGAAUGGUGGAUUCUCACCUUUGGCCGGGUUCUUGAAUGAAGAUGACUACAACAGUGUUGUCGAGGAUAUGAGAUUGACUUCUGUCAAGAAUGCUAAAGGCGAUGGUCUCUUAUGGCCAAUUCCAAUCACCUUGGACGUUUCUGCCGAGGAAGCCAAAAAAUACAAUGUUGGCGACAAAAUCACCUUGCUCGACUUGAGAGAUGAAACGCCAUUGGCCAUCAUCACCGUCGAAUCCAUUUACAAACCAGACAAGGAAAAAGAAGCCAAAUUGGUGUUCCGUGGUGAUCCAGAACAUCCAGCCAAUAAGUACCUUGCUGAGACUGCCGGUGAUGUCUAUAUCGGUGGUUCAUUACAAGGUAUCAACCACCCAAAGCACUAUGAUUACGUUGAAUCAAGAAAGACUCCAGCCGAGUUGAGAAGAGAAUUUGAAAACUUGGGAUGGAAAGACCACAAGAUUGUUGCCUUCCAAACCAGAAACCCAAUGCACAGAGCUCACCGUGAAUUAACUAUUAGGGCAGCCUCAGAUAUCGGAGACAAUGCACACAUCUUGAUCCACCCAGUUGUUGGUUUGACCAAGCCCGGUGAUAUCGACCACCACACUAGAGUCAAGGUUUAUAAACAAAUUUUGAAAAAAUUCCCUGAAGGACUCGCCUCCUUGUCAUUAUUGCCAUUGGCCAUGAGAAUGGGUGGUGAUAGAGAGGCGUUAUGGCACGCAUUGAUUAGAACCAACUAUGGUGUUGAUCACUUUAUUGUUGGAAGAGACCACGCUGGACCUGGUAAAAACUCACAAGGUGUUGAUUUCUACGGCCCAUACGAUGCACAAGAGCUUUUGCAAAAGUAUGAAGAUGAGUUGGAGAUCAAGAUUGUUCCAUUCAGAAUGGUGACAUACUUGCCAGAUGAAGACAGAUAUGCACCAAUCGAUACCAUCGACUUGAAAACUGUAAAGACUGCAAACAUCUCGGGAACCGAGUUGAGAAACAAGUUGAGAACAGGCGAUGAGAUUCCUGAAUGGUUUUCGUAUCCUGAAGUUGUCAAGAUCUUGCGUGAGACUAACCCACCAAGAUUCAAACAAGGUUUCGUUAUCGUUAUCAAUAACGAUCUGAAAUUGGGUCAAUACCUCAGUUUUGCCUUGCAAUCCACAUUGAACCAAUUUGGCGGCGAAAGAAGAAUCACCAAGAUCGAUGACAAGCAAAACAAAUACGACGCAUUCUUGAUCAAUGAGUUGGUGAAAUCUGGUGCUGGUGUAAUUUUGACCACAAGCAACGAUGCAAAGGAAGUCACAGAUUUGGUGGGUUCUGGAAACACAUUGGUUGUGAGUGCACAACUGGGUGACAAAUCAAGUGGCGAAUUCAAAUUGAGCAGCGAAGAUUUGCAAGACGUUGUUGAUGACAUUGUCUCCUACUUGCAAGAACAAGGUUUCUACUAA